CUCCUGCUCCCUCCUCCUCCUCCUCCGCCCGCCGCCUUUUCCCCGCCGCCGCCGCCCGCCCCGCGCAGCCCUGCGGAGCUCGGCGCCGGCGGCGCCCCGCCGCCGGCCAUGGCCGUGCAAGCCGCGCUGCUGAGCCCGCACCACCUGCUCUCCCUCUGCUUCCCCGCCGGCGGCGGCCUCCUGGGCUACGCCGACCUGGAGAAGGGCUACGAGGGCGGCGGCGACGCGGCGGACUUGAGGGAGGCCACCCGGGACCUGCUGAGCUUCAUCGACUCGGCCUCCAGCAACAUCAAGCUGGCGCUGGACAAGCCGGUGAAGUCCAAGCGCAAGGUGAACCACAGGAAGUACCUGCAGAAGCAGAUCAAGCGCUGCACCGGCAUCAUCGCCGCGCCGCCCGCCGCCGCCGCCGCGCCCGAGCCGGCCCGCGGCCGCCCGCCGCCCCCCGCGCCCUGCCCCGGCGGCCCCGGCAAGCCGGCGGCGCGGCGGGAGGCCUCGCAGGCGGCCAGCAGCCUGCAGAGCCGCAGCCUGGCCGCGCUCUUCGACUCGCUGCACCAGGCGGGCGGCGGGGCGCGGCGCGGCGCGGCGGGCGGCGGCGGCGAGGGCGGCGGCGGCGGCGGGGGGGCGCGGAAGGUGCCGCUGCGCGACCGCAACCUGCCGCCCUCCUUCUUCACGGAGCCGGCGCUGCCGGCCGCCGCCCGCGCCGCGCCGCCGCCGGGCCCCAAGGAGCCCGAGAAGGGCGCGGAGGCGGCCGAGUUCCUGGAGCUGCUGGGCCCCGAGUACGGCGCGCUGCUGCCCGAGCACGCCGCCGCGCAGGACGCCUUCGCCGGCCGCCUGCCCGCCGAGCUGGGCCUCGAGCACGGCCUCUACGAGGCGGCGGCGGCGCUGCCCGCCGGCCCGCACCCGCUGCUCGGCGGGCUGCUCUACCCCGAGCCGCCCUGGAGCCCGCCCAAGAAGGCGCCGCCCGAGGCGCUGCGCCCGCUGCCCGCCGCCGCCGCGCCGCCGCUCUACGCGGCCGCCGAGCCGCCCGCCGCCGAGGAGCCGGGCGGGCCGCUGGCGGCGCCCUUCGGCCCCUUCUUCCCCGAGUGCCCCCUGCCGCCGCCGCAGGUGCCCUACGACUACGGCGCCGGCUACCACCGCGCGGCCUUCCCGGCGCUGUAGGGCCUGCGGCGGGCGGGCGGGCGGCCGCGGAAUGUCCGCUGCUCUGAGGCGUGCGCGGCGGCCGCCUGGCCUCAGCGCUGCGCCGGGCCUGGUUUUGCGCGGCGGCCGCCUCGCCUCAGCGCUGCGCGGGGGCCUGGUUUUGCGCGGCGGCCGCCUGGCCUCAGCGCUGCGCCGGGCCUGGUUUUGCGCGGCGGCCGCCUGGCCUCAGCGCUGCGCCGGGCCUGGCCUUGCACGGCGGCGUGGGGCGGCUCUCGGUGAAGGCAGGCCUGGCCGCUCGCGAAAGGUUUCCGCUUUGAGAAGUAGGACUCGAGUCAACUUGCGUUUCAGGUCUUCCCCGCACUCGCGUGCCGGGUGGAUUUCCAGCUUGAGGAUGCAAAACUGAGGGAAAAAAAGCAAAGCGAAAUUAAUUGAAACAAAAAAAUAAAGGCUGCUACCAAAUCUUAGUGUCCCGAAAUUUAACAACGUCUUGCAGGAUAUUGCAAACAGCAAUUUACAGUGAUAAAUAAGUGAAUUGACGGCGCAAGCUCUGGACAAAACGUACUGUAGCAACUCCAGCGAUGUGAUUCCUACAGACUGUUGGAUUUCUUUCAGGAAUGUGUCAAAGCUCGGGAAGCGAUGCGGCUCACUUUCGUUGUGUACAGGAGAUUAUUUGAUAAUCAUUUAAGUUAUGUAAAAGAGUCUAUGAUAGGUAAAUAAAGCUACACAAUAGAUUUAA